GCUGCAGAGGACAGAGCGGGAGAGGCCUGUGGAGAAACACGUGGAGGGGACCCCCUGUGACAGCCGCCCAUCUCCAAACUACGGACAGGAUCAUUUGUGAUGCCCUCCUGCCAGCCUGGCAAGAUGCCUGCGCCGUGGCGGCUCCAGCUCCUCCUUUGCGUCCUCUCCUCCAUCGCGGUCUUGCCUGGCCAGGCAGAGGAGGUGAAAGUCUCCACCCAGACAGGCUGGGUGCGUGGCAUCCGGAUGCCCGUCCUGGACGGCCACGUCUCUGCCUUCCUGGGCAUCCCCUUUGCGGAGCCUCCCGUGGGCAGGAUGCGCUUCCUGCGCCCUGAGCCCAUCAAGCCCUGGCAGCACGUUCUGGAUGCCACCGCCUACCAGCGCGCCUGCUACCAGAUGGUGGACAACAGCUUCCCGGGAUUCCCUGGCACGGAGAUGUGGAACCCCAACCAGGGGAUGAGCGAAGACUGCCUGUACCUCAACAUCUGGGUGCCCUCCCCCCGCCCCAGGGAGACCUCGGUCCUGGUCUGGAUCUACGGAGGGGGCUUCUACAGCGGCUCUGCCUCCCUGGACGUCUACGACGGCCGGCUCCUGGCCUACACGCAGAACGUCAUCCUGGUCUCCCUCAGCUACCGCGUGGGAGCCUUCGGGUUUUUGGGCCUCUUGGGGAGUCAGGAGGCACCGGGGAACAUGGGGCUGCUGGACCAGCGCUUGGCCUUGCAGUGGAUCCAGAACAACAUCCAGCAUUUUGGGGGCAAUCCGAACGCGGUCACCAUCUUCGGGGAAAGUGCCGGGGCCGCCUCCGUGGGCAUGCACCUGCUCUCUGCCCAGAGCCGCACCCUCUUCCAGCGGGUCAUUCUGCAGAGCGGGGCACCCAAUGCGCCGUGGGCCACAGUCACACCUGCAGAAAGUCGGCGCCGCGCAAUCCUUCUGGGAAAGCAGGUGGGCUGCCACUCCAUCAACGAUUCCGAGCUGGUCAGUUGCUUGCGCUCCAAAACCCCUCAGCAGCUGAUUGACGAGGAGUUGUCCGUCCUGCCCUACAAGAGCACUUUCCGCUUCUCCUUCGUGCCGGUCAUUGACGGGGACUUCUUCCCGGACACCCCCGAGGCCAUGCUCAGCAUGGGCAACUUCAAGCAGACCCAGGUGCUGCUGGGCGUGGUCAAGGACGAGGGCUCCUACUUCCUGAUCUACGGGCUGCCCGGCUUCAGCAAGGACAACGACAGCCUCAUCAACCAAGCCGACUUCCUGGAAGGGGUGCGGAUGGCCGUGCCACACGGCAAUGACAUCGCCACGGAGGCCGUCGUGCUCCAGUACACCGACUGGCAGGACGCAGAGAACGGGGAGAAGAAUCGGGAUGCCAUGGAUGACAUCGUGGGGGACCACAACGUCAUCUGCCCAGUCAUGCACUUUGCCACCAGCUACGCCAAGCGCGGCAACAAGGUGUACGCCUACCUGUUCGACCACCGUGCCUCCAACCUCGCCUGGCCCCCCUGGAUGGGGGUGCCCCACGGCUACGAGAUCGAGUUUGUCUUUGGACUGCCACUCAACGACACCCUGAACUACACGGCCCAAGAGAAGGAGCUCAGCCGCAGGAUGAUGCGUUACUGGGCCAACUUCGCCCGCACAGGGAGCCCCACUGACCCCACCGAUAAAGACGGGGCCUGGCCCGCCUACACCACCGCCCAGCAGCAGUACGUCAAGCUGAACACCCAGCGGCUGGCCACCCAGCGCAACCUCCGUGCCCAGAUCUGCGCCUUCUGGAACCACUUCCUCCCCAAACUGCUCAAUGUGACAGUCGAUCCCUCCCCCGCCCGUCGCAGACGGCGUCACGCCCAGGGCUGACCGCAGCCCCCCCUC